CUGUAAGAGACUGCCAAGGUACAAAGCCUUUUUCUGGGAGGUCCAACCCCAGAAAGCACAUGGCUGCAAUUUGUGAAUCUUUCUAUCAAAACUGCUAUUUUCACAUGCAUUUGGUCCCACCCAACCCGGCCUUGGCUGCUCAGAGCAGCAGGUGUUGCCUGUUUUGAGCCUGUGCUGUGCAAUUGCUUUUGCUACUUCCGCUCCUUUCCCCAGCAGCACAGUAAACUGAGGUGUGAGAGGAAGCUAUGGCAUCCAAGGAGUCGGCCUCCUUCGUGGACAGAACCACCUGGGAUUUCCUCAACCUACUGGACAUGCUGGGGAGCCGGAAUGGACGGGUGGGUGUGAUGGAGGUGGACCAUGCUGAGUCAAGAGCUCCCUCAUUGCUGGUGGAUUUUACCCGGGACCUGUGCGGCACAGGGGACAUCAAGCACAAACCACAGCAGGCAGAGAAUGAAGGAAAAGAAGAGGAGGACCUGGUUCCCCCACACCUGAUUUUUAUGCUAUGGCAAGCCAGUGUGUUGAAAAGGCUCAUGCAGUGGGAUCACCUGGAGGAAGCUGUCCGGGACGUGAGGAGCCUCCUCCCCUGCCUGCCAAAUGUGCUGGUGCUUGUGAUGAUCCGUCCUGACUCCCAGGAGCAGCUGGACCAGGCAGUGAGAGCGCUGAGGAGAAUGCAGUGUGUGCUGGAUGGGGCCCUGCAACUGACUGUAGAGACUGCAAUUUACAGCCCAGGCCAGCCUGGAGGUGUCCUGGAGGCAAAGAAAGCUGCCUGUAGGGCACUGAGAGAAGCUUUGAACUGCCAUGAAGAAGUCGACUCCCAGGAGCCAUUUGUUAUUUCACUCCCGGAGCUCAGAUACUGCCGAGUUCUGCCUGAACGUAGGCAAGAGAAGAUAUCGAAGACGGAUGGAGAAUGAAUUCCCUUGGGCGGCCGAAUCUGUCAGGUUGGUUUUAGCACUGUCCUGCUGGAUGUCCCUUUGCAGAACACUUCCUUCCUGCUGACUUGCUUGUCUGCCCAGACCUUCUGCAUGGAUGAGAUUCAGUGUGUGGCUGCUGCCAGAAGGGGACAGUGUACCCUCAGCAUCGCACUGUCCUUGCCACAAAGCUCAGAGUUCUUUGCUGAAUUGGCUGAACAAUCUGCCCCAGGAAACUUUUAUCAAAAAUCACUGGGUUUCUGCUUUGCAUUAAAUGCGUUGUUUAUCAAAAUGUCCCUAAGAAA